AUGUCUACCGUCCAGUUCGUCAAUUGCCGUCAAUGCAAGAAUGGCAGAUUGAUUUCCUCUCCUCUGACCGUGGACACGAACGGCUUCAUAAUCCCAAACUCCCCUAUUCCUCCACAUACCGGGGUUGUUGACAUAGAGGGCGCCAUUAUUUCGCCUGGUUUUCUCGAACUGCAAAUAAAUGGAGCUCUUGGCUUCCAUUUUGCUCAUUAUGAGGAUCCCAAGUCAUACCAAGCCGGUGUCCGGAAGUUGGCCAAAUACCUGCCCUCCACCGGAGUCACUGGUUUCUUCCCAACAGUUCCUACCGUCCCGGCUGGCGUUUUCCACGCGGUCCUCCCCUUCUUGAAACCCAACCAUGGUCCAGGCUCAGCCUCAGUACUCGGAGCUCAUGUGGAGGGUCCUUUCUUGGCCCCUUCCAAGAAAGGCGCCCAUGCUGCUGCGAACAUGCUCGCUCCAGGACCUUCCCGGCUUGAAGAUGUCUACGGGGGCGAGAACCUCAAGCAGUCUAUUAAAGUUGUGACGCUUGCUCCUGAGUUGCCAGGGGCAUUGGAGAAUAUCAGGAUCUUAACUAAUGAAUAUCGUAUUCAUGUCUCGAUGGGCCACAGCGCAGCGACUCAUGAUGAUGGUUUGAAGGGGAUAGAAGCCGGUGCGAACCUCAUGACGCAUGUUUUUAAUGCCAUGAAUCCGCUUCAUCAUAGAGAACCUGGAUUGCCAGGUGAGAUUCCACCAGAGACUCGUAAAGCAUAG